GACGACACACUCAGAUGUGGAAUUUCAGCCUUUCGAACUGAUGAGUGUGGAAGUUAUUAUUUAUUUCCGCAUGAACAUGAUGCUAUCAAAAUUAAGUGUUGUCUUAAGGACGUGACUAGUCACCUAAAGAGUGUUGGGGUUGCAACAGGAGGCUGUUACCGGCAUUUUAGUUUGGGAGAAUCUAUGACAAGGUGAACUUAUUUUGUAUAGAGUCGGCCUGUAUGAUGAUCGUUUGUACAGGGAUAUUACAGUGUGUCCACAUCAUCGAUAUAAACUGGGGAUCUAUUUUAAACAAAAAAGAACAUGCAGCCACCCAUCUCAUUCUGGGAAUGGGAAAGCAUACAGAGGAAUUACAGUUCCUGAAAGUCGUGAUGUUUUGCAGUCUUUUGGUGUCCUUCUUCCAGUGGGUACAGGAUUAUGCAGAAGUUGCAGCAAAAAAGUAGCUCCUUCCACAAUUGAGGAUACAGAAGAUUUGGACACAACAGAGAAAGAAAAAACAGAAACAUCCAGCUGUUUAAGCAUAAUGAAUAUUGAUGAUGACUCUUCUGCAAAGAUAGAUGCACAACCCAGUACAGCUGAAAAUGAUUCCCUGACAUUAAGUCAAGAUGAUGAUGACUCCUCUGCAAAGACAGAUGCACAACCCAGUACAGCUGAAACUGACUCCAUGACAUUCAGUCAAGAUUUAUCUCAAACUUCUAGCUGGAGUACAGAUGAAAAGAAAGGGGAAAUUCUUUUAGAUGAUGUCAACACUGCCCUGUCGUUAUUGUCAAAUGGUAAGAUAAGUCCAUUGAAAUAUCAAGUCAGAACAGAUAUAGCCUCACUACAUCCUUCAUCAAAACGUAUGCUUAAACGUAAAGCUACAACUGCCAUUGAAGCAUUGAUGGAUUGUUUGGCUCCAGGUCAAGCUAGUGAGCUAACAGAGUUGAUAAAGAUGGAGAAACAGGUUUCACCAGUCCCUGAUUUAACGACCACAAUUGUAAAACUGUAUAAUAACACCAAUGAUUUCAACAUGAAGAAACAGAUGCUGUCAAUAUUGGCAAAAGAUUAUACUAAGAAACAGCUACAGGAAAUGAUUCCAGGCUUGACAGUUUAUAGUAUAGACAGGCACGACUACAUGCUUCAGUGCAUGGAGAAGGUUCACAAGUUCCAAAACAAAUCAAGCAACACCGUCAAAGACUUUCACAGUGGAAGGUUGCUCAUGCCUUGGAUUUCUUCUUCAAUCCUCUAUUUCAUCAGGUCAGCUCAUAUGGAACCAAAGAAAUGAAACUGAAUAGUGGAGAAAAGAUUUUAAUACCAGAAGUGGUUCGAACUGUUUGCCAUGCCAACUUGGUCCAUAUGUAUGAAGCCUUCUGCACAGAAUCAGAUGUUGAUCCACUAUCCAGAUCAUCUCUUUUUGAAAUUUUGAGGGUUUGUCCAGCUUCCAAAAGAACGAGUUUGAGAGGCCUGGACAAUAUUGCCACUGAUGGAUCCACAGCAUUUGACACUUUAGAUGAAGUCAAAAAGCAGCUUAAACUUUAUUUAACUUACCCUGAAGUACAAGAUGAUUUAGAGAAGACUGAGCAAGAUCUCCAUUUAUUUAAACUAUAUAUAAAAACUGACUUCAAACUGCAUACAUCACUUGCUGACCAAUGCCCUGACCACUGCAUGAUGUUUGCAUUGUCUGAUCCUA